UCGAAUGAGGGAAAGGGUGUGCGACCAAAAAAGAACAUUGAGCGCAACUACAGAGAGCCGAUGAGGUGCCGCUGACAGCAGUCAGAAAUCUCCGCUAAAGCGCUGCGUUAUUUAUUUAUUUUGACUGAGAGCGCGCGGAGAGGAGCGGCCGGCCGCCCGCCCCUGCGACCCCACGGCUCGGAUGAGAAAGUACGCGCGCGACUAGAGGACACGAGGCUCCGAUCAGUGGCUCGUUCUCCGCGUUUUCUGCACCAUGGCGUAUCCUCAGGGCUACUUGUACCAGCCGUCCGCCUCCCUCGCGCUCUACUCGUGCCCGGCGUACAGCGCGAGCGUCAUCUCGGGACCGCGCACCGAGGAGCUGGGCAGGUCUCCGUCCGGAUCCGCCUUCGCGCCCUACGCGGGAUCCACGGCGUUCAGCAGCCCGUCGUCCGGGUUCGGAUCGCCGCUGCAGUACAGCACGGACCCGGCGGCGGCCACGUUCACGUCGUACGUGGGCUCUCCGUACGAACACCCGACGGGAAUGGCGGGCUCCCUCGGGUACCACCCGUACGCGGCUCCCCUGAGCUCGUACCCCUACGGGGACCCCGCGUACCGGAAAAACGCGACGCGGGACGCCACGGCCACCCUCAAGGCCUGGCUCAACGAGCACAGGAAGAACCCGUACCCGACCAAGGGAGAGAAGAUCAUGCUGGCCAUCAUCACUAAAAUGACUCUCACUCAGGUGUCCACCUGGUUCGCGAACGCCAGGAGACGCCUGAAGAAGGAGAACAAGAUGACCUGGACGCCCAGGAACAGAAGCGAGGAUGAGGAGGAGGACGAGAACAUCGAUCUGGAGAAGAACGAGGAGGAGGAAGCGCACAAGCCGAGCGCGAAGGGGGAGCUCACAGACGCAGAGUCGGAGCAAAUAUCGAACCAGCGAGAAGUGACGUGCGAGCGAUUUAAGGGGGAAACUCCUGCGAAGGACGUGGAUCCCGUUCUCACGGAUUCGGAUUUAAAAGAGGAAGAAGAAGAAGAGCGCACGGAGCCGCGGCUCGGAGUCGGAUCCCCCGCGGCCACCACGUCCUCCCCAGGUGCGUCGGCAGGAGCUGCCGCGUCCGGCCAGGACAGGUGUCCAAAGUCGCCGCCUUCGGGCGCCUUGAGCGCGGCCUCCAACGUGACUUCUGUCAUCCACUGCCCGAGCGCUGCCUCCAACAAGCCCAAACUGUGGUCUCUGGCCGAGAUCGCCACUUCCUCGGACAGGUGCAAGGCGGGCGCCGAGUUGCCGCAGGGCCCCACGGCGGCUCCCGGCGCGCUCAUGUGCUCCAGCGACUCGUCCCCGUCGCGCGCCUCGCCGCACUGCCCUUUCCCCCACGGCACGGUGCUGCCCAGGCCCAUCUACUACACGUCUCCCUUUUACCCCGGCUAUACGAACUACGGAGCCUUUGGCCACCUGCACGGAGCCUCCUCGGGCUCCUCCACGGGAUCCUGCACGGGUUCCUCCACGGGCUCGUCCACGCACUUCAGUGGAUUAAACCAGACUGUGCUGAGCAGAGCCGAGGCCCUGGUGAGAGAGAGCAGAGUGAGGAGCCAGACACAAGUAGAUCUCUCUAAAGACUCCCCUUAUGAACUGAAGAAAGGUAUGUCCACCAUUUAAUACCGGCUUCCUCUCCCAUCACGUGGACUUUUAUUUAUUCUUUGUUGUUGGCAAGAACAUAACCAGUAAUACUAAUGAAUGAGAAAAGCUCCCGAGGAAACAAGAUCUUUUUUUUUUUUUUUUUUUUUUUUUUUUUCCAUGAGAAAACGCUAAUUCUUACACUCACAUCUUGGAUGGCCGAUUUAAACGAUGUAUAUUGUCUUAAAAGUCUGCCGCCAGCCAGGAACUAUUUGUAUUAAGCACCAAUAUGUAUAUUUAAUUUACCCCUUUUGUAUUUUAAAUGGAUUAUACACUAUCUUUGGAGUUAAUUAUGAAAAUGCAGCUGUACAGUACUUUUUUGGGAUAAAUAUAUAAGUGCUUCUGU